AUGCCCUCCCGUUCGAACAACCACCAAAAGAAGAUUAAUCAGUGGCGACACUGGACAAACAAAGUCAUUCCUUCCUUGAUCGCUCCAUACCUUGCAUACUUGCACAAAUCAACUUCUCUUUGCGAUCGAAUUGAACUGCAGCCAGAUGAAGUUGCUGCCUUUCAGUGUAGGUCCUCUUGUCGGCGGAGGGCUCUCAAGAUCACUUGCAUACUUUUCAAUUAUAUUGAGACACUACGAAUUGAUUGUUGCACUUGUGUGCCUGCUCCCCUUCAGCUCCUGGCUCACAGUUAUUUUGCCUGUGCUCCCAUUGCCCCUUCUCCCACUGUGGACCUUCAGCUGCUGGAGUUUGUCAAGACUUUAUUUGUGCAUAUCACUCCCAACACGACUGCUUGGUGUGAAACACUCAAAGUCUUUCUGGCUGGCCGUGGGUAUCAACUUACCACCAAGGUUAGUGAAGCAUCUGUAUUGAAUUUUGGUCGUCUUGAUCAAUAUUAUUGUAGGAUAAUCUUCACCGUUGAUUUGGUAACGCCUAUCAUUGGUACUCUUUACUCUGCAUGA